AAAAAGAGUGUCAAUUAUCUUUCCACAAGAGGUCAAAUUAAUCAAUAAAAACUGAGUGGUGGAGAAAAUUAAUAUUUUUGGGGUUUUCUUAUCUUUUCAACACUUCUUGGAAUGUUCACUUUUCAUUGGGAUUUAUAAAUAAUAGUCUACAAUCAAGAAAACAAAGAGAGAAAAAGAGAUGGAAAGAAAAAAGUUUUCUUCAAAAUUUAUUCAUUUGCUCAUUGUGUUUUUGCUUCUUUGUACGUUUCUUUCUCGUACCGAAUCUGCUCUUCCUUAUCACCAUGAACUGUUCUUGGGGAGGAAGCGGAUGAAUUAUUAUAAGCCCAACAGUGCCAUAGGAACACCAUCAUCAACUAGUGACCACGCUCCAGGCAGUAAUGGGAGGAAGUUGAUGAGUAUAUAUAGACCCAAUGGAGACAUAUUUACAGGACCAUCAGGCAGUGGGCAUGGUGGGGGUCGCACUCCAGCCCCCUAGUAUAUAUAUAUUAAUGUGUAAUCAAGGACUCACAAGCGAAGCUUUUAAUUCUCGAUCACGUAUAACGUAUGCGUUGGUGUAGUAUAUGUUUAAUUUCUGUUUUCACAAGCCAAGUUUUUCAUUUCUCGAAUAUGUAAUGUAUAAUAUGUGUGUUGGUCCAGUAUUUCUAGUGUUCUUAAAUAAUAUCCAAAAUGUGUGUUUAAAAUAUAAUAUGUAUUUUGUUGUUAAAGUUUACAUAUACGUUUUAGUCUGUAAAGCUCUAAAGCAUGUACUAGACACCUUACCUUAUACGUUUUAGACUUUUAGUAUACCACGAAUAAUAUAUUUAAGUUAUUAAAAUCAAAAUUAAGAUUUGGAAUUUCAGAUAAU